CACACUUAUUGUAUCUCACACCACCUACGAUAUCUAUAAGCCGACUACACAUGAUUGCUAUCUACAGUUUCUUAUCAAUCGUACCAAGAUAAUAGGUCCCAUAAUGAGUACUCAACAGAACAUCGUGCCAGGGCAAUGGAUCGUCAGUGUCAAGCCCUACAUGACCCCCGAAUUGCUGCAAAACGAGCAUCUCUCCGCACUAGAGGACAUGACGGUCGAUCCUAGUACCCCAUUCAAGAUGGAAGUCCUCCAGAAGUUUGACCUUCCCGAAUUAAAAGGUUACUCAGCUAAGUUCAAUGAUGCAACUAAAACUGAGCUGGAGAAGAUGUCUCAUGUCCUUGAUAUUGAGCCAGAGCAGCUGUAUGACCACUGCGCCGUUCAGGCUGACGCCCCAUGGGGGCUGGGCCGUAUCUCAACACGUGCUAGACUCGGCCCUCCCCCCUUCCGCUACCAGUACAGGGAGGAUGCGGCUGGCGCCAAUACAUUCGUGUAUGUCAUAGAUACUGGCAUAAACGACCAGCACGUAGAAUUCGAGAGGCGGGCCAGUAAGGGACGCAAGUUCGUAUCUGACGCUCCGUCAAGCGACGAGGAUAUUCAUGGCCAUGGCACUCAUUGCGCAGGUACAAUUGCCAGCCGGGCAUACGGCGUUGCCAAGAAGGCAAACGUCAUAGGCGUCAAGGUAUUCAGCGACGUAACAGGAUAUGCGCAGACCAGCGACAUCAUCAGCGCCCUUGACUGGGUAGUUAGUGAUGUCAAUGAGCGCGGCAUCAACGGUCACGCUGUGAUUAACAUGAGUCUCGGAGGCGGGUCAAGUGUGGCUCUGGAUAAUGCUGUUGCGUCUGCUGUCCGUCACGGGGCUGUGGUCUGCGUUGCUGCUGGCAAUGAAGGUCUGGAUGCUCAGCAGGGGUCCCCUGCUCGUGAGCCGCUCGCCAUAACUGUCGGCGCAACAGAUGUUGGAGAUACACUUCCGCGUUGGUCCGGCUAUGGAAAGAUCGUUGAUAUUCUUGCUCCUGGUGUCGAUGUUCUGUCCUGCUGGGUAGGUAGCCAAACAGCAACCAAGCGUAUCAGUGGGACAUCUAUGGCCACACCUCACGUGUCGGGUGUGGCCAGCUGCCUCCUCAGCGAUGCUUCUUGGACUGAGCGAAAUCCAUCCGAGAUAAUGCCCAAGAUCCUUAUUCUCGCUGACAAGAACAAGGUCAACGGGAUUACUCCCCCCAGGGAGAGGACAAUUGACGCGUUGCUGCAAAAUAGCACUGGUCCUACUGAUUAG